AUGCGUUCCCUUCUCACGCUGCGGACACCGAGACUUCGUCCUUCUGGGAGGCAGAGGCCGCACUGGUGGGUCCGGAAGGAAAUCUCCAGAUCCGCGGAGUCGGGGUCGGGUCGGGUGUGCUGCACCCCGGGGAGGCCCCUUCCCUCGGGUCUCCCUCCGGGCACCUCCCCUGCUCCCCUCUUCCCCGGGGCCGAGCUCGGCGCCCCUCUCCGGCUGCGCACUGGGGUCGCGCAGUCCGCGCGGGCGGGGCGGGGAGGGGCGGGGGGGGGAGGGAGACCCGGGCCAGGCCCCCCGCCGCCCCCGCCCCCGCCCCCGCCCCCGCCGCAUAAAGGGCUCGUGCGCCGCCGCUGCUCCGGUCCCCUGGGCGCUGCCCUCCCGGCGCUUCUGACUGUGGGGCCUCCACCCAUGGACGAGGAGCGGACGGACCUGGAGCUCUACCUGGACCAGUGCUUCGCCCAGGUGGGCCAGGCGGUCUCCAUCCUGAAGUGGAAACGUAGAAGCUUCGAGAGGGGAGUUAACCUGCACGGCGGCCAGCCAGGCGUGAAACCUGUGGCCUGGGGCGGUGUGACUCCUGGGCCACGGUUACCACUGCUCAGCCCAGUUGUACCUGAUGAUGUGUACAUGCCUAAUUCAUCCAAUCCAAAGAUGGUGUUUAAUUCACAUCUUGAAGAAGUCAAAGAAACACCUGGCCAUUUCUCAUCUGUGGAUCUUAGCUUCCUACCGGAUGAACUUACCCAAGAAAAUAAAGACCAGAGUGUUAUUAGAAGCAAGCAUGAAAUUGAAGAAAAUUGUAAAACUCAAAGUCAGCAAAGUAGUUUGUCAUUACCCAGAGAACAGGACAUUGGUCUGGGCUUAAUAGGCAGCAGCAGUUUGUUGAAUUCCCAUUCACACCUGUACCCUGCUGAUGCUGACUCGGUCCAGCCCUCUCUUGAGAAACCAAACUCUAUGCCUCUGGUGUCUAUAACUCCCAUGACACCAAUGACCCCCGUUUCAGAAUGUUCUGGAAUUGUGCCUCAACUACAGAAUAUAGUUUCCACUGUAAACCUGGCCUGUAAAUUGGAUCUGAAGAAAAUAGCUUUGCAUGCAAAAAAUGCAGAGUAUAACCCUAAGAGGUUUGCUGCUGUCAUAAUGAGGAUCCGAGAGCCCAGAACGACAGCCCUCAUAUUUAGUUCUGGGAAAAUGGUCUGCACAGGAGCCAAAAGUGAAGAGCAGUCUCGACUCGCAGCGAGGAAGUAUGCUCGUGUGGUGCAGAAGCUGGGGUUCCCAGCCAGAUUCCUCGAUUUUAAAAUUCAGAACAUGGUUGGAAGCUGUGAUGUGAGAUUUGCCAUCAGUCUGGAAGGUUUGGUGUUAACUCACCAGCAGUUCAGUAGUUAUGAACCUGAACUGUUUCCUGGCCUUAUUUAUAGAAUGGUAAAACCACGAAUUGUGUUGCUUAUCUUUGUAUCUGGGAAAGUUGUGUUAACAGGUGCCAAAGAACGUUCUGAGAUCUAUGAAGCAUUUGAAAACAUCUAUCCUAUUUUAAAGGGUUUUAAAAAAGCCUGAGUAUGUCAUUCAGCAUCUCACAUUAUAUUGAUUUGAGUGUGCAUAACUCCACACAAACCAUUGUACUGUAGAUUUCUCAUGCAGAUUUUGACUUUAUUUGUUAAAGGAUGAUCCUGUGAGGAUCCAUGCCUAAGAACUGAAGAAAUUUCUUUUUCAAAAUGACACGUUAUUUUAAAAACCGAAAAAGUAAACAUUUCAGAAUUUGCUUUAGGGCCUUGCUAGAAUGAUAUUUAAUGUUUAAUCAUUAAAAUGUAAUGCUCUGCUCUUGUAAAAGAUGUAGUCUAUUAACAUGUGUUCUCUGAAAAUACCUAGGAAUAUACAGAAAUUUCAGAUAACUACAUCAAAUAGAUUCUAUCUGCAUCAUCAUCUAGCAGGAUAGAAGUGAAUGUGUUUGUUUUUGCCUUUUAAAAUAUUGAGGAGAUGGUCCUGGCCAUUAGAUACAGGCACCUUGAAGGAUCCCGUCAGAAUACAAAUGAAACAUAAACGUCUGAAACCUUAAGACAAACUAUCCUUUUGUUUGAAAUGA